GCAAAUGGUCGGCUUGCCAAUUCAAGCCUAACGUAUAACGAACGUCAUCCCAUUGUUAUACCAGAGAGAUCGCAACUUGCCACAUUAUAUCUCAAUUAUGUCCACGUACUAUUAUUACAUGCAGAACACCGCCUCAUGCAGCAAAUAGUCCGCCAAGAGUUUUAUAUCCCAAGACUCAAGCCAAAGAUAAAGAAAUGCAUUUUUUCGUGCAAGAUUUGCACUAUGCAUAAACAAAAGAUGCGAACACAGAUUAUGGCAGCACUUCCACCGGAACGCUGCAACUUUGCUCUGCCCUUCACUAUCACAGGUGUCGAUUUUGCUGGGCCUUUUCAAAUAAAGGCGUCCAUGUUAAGGUCUCCCACAAUGAUGAAAGGCUACGUGGCUGUCUUUGUCUGUUUUACGACAAAAGCAGUACACCUCGAGCUAUGUAGUAAUCUGACAAAAGAGGCUUUCCUCGCGGCAUUUGCUCGCUUCGUCGGGCGACGUGGUUUUCCGUCAAAGCUCAUGAGCGACAACGGCAAGACAUUUAUAGGUGCUCAAAGAGCCACCGAAAAACAGUUUGUGGACUUUAUCAAACAAGUUUCCCCUGAGAUUGUACAAAAGUACGCUCCCCAAGGCAUUAACUGGCAGUUCAUCCCUCCAAGCGCUCCUCAUAUGGGUGGUUUAUGGGAAUCAGCGGUAAAAAGCUUUAAAUCCCACUUUAAAAAAGUAGCUGGAAACUACAAAUUUAACUUCGAAGAAUUUACAACAUUAUUAAUUCGUAUUGAAGCCGUUCUCAAUUCACGGCCAUUGACGACACUCUCGCAAGAUCCCUCAGAUCUAACAGCUCUUACACCAGGGCACUUUCUCAAAGGAGCACCCAUUCUGGCCAUACCUGAGCCAGGCGUGGAGUCGCUUUCCUUGCUAAAUAGAUGGGAAAGAAUUAAAAUUCUCCAUCAUAAUUUCAGCCGCCGAUGGAAGGAGGAGUAUAUAAAGGACCUUCACAAAAGGUACCGCUGGAAAACUCCCGAAAAGGCGCCAAAGCUUGGAGACUUUGUCCUAAUACACGAUGAUUGUCUCCCCCCUACAGAAUGGCGGCUUGGUCGCAUAGAGAAGCUUCAUCACGGCUCCGACGGUCAUAUCCGAGUAGUCGAUCUCCGUACGCAAAACGGAACGCUGACCAGACCGCUCGUUAAACUGUGCUUCCUACCAACCGCAGAUAAUAGCGAAAAUGCGCGUAAUGAACAAUCCAUACAAUCCGUACAAUAA